AUGCGUCAGCCUUUGACCGAGUCAGGGACAUUAAUAAAAGGUAAGCAGCUUUAUUUCUAUCAUUCGAACAUAUAGCUUUAUAUCUGUUUGUGCUGUAUGUUAAAGACUUCAUUUGUUACCAGAUAUUAGUCUGGGAUUUUUUUCAUUUCUUUUGAUCCCAACUGUUUUCUGGGGUUAAAAGGUAAUUUGUCUUGUUUUACUAAAAAGAGCAUCUAAAGGCACUUUGCCGUAUUCCCCUGCAAGUGUUUCUAAAGUGCAUUUGAUAAUGUUUAGUUUUUGUUUCUUUCACUUUGUUGUGUUUUAUCUUGUGGAAGACUGACUCCAAAGCCAAUAUUAUCAACUUUCCAUGGAGAAGGCCACUCUAUUGUGUUUUGUUUCACUUUUAAUCAUCUGUGAGGAAACUUAAUCAGACAUAAUGGCACCAGGGGGGCUCAUUCCUCAUCCCCCUAACUAAACCACUGAUAUCAAAUGCUUGAGUUCAGUAGAUCUUUAGUUUACAAACUGUAUUUAAGUGUAGCUGUGAUUUAAUGCUCUUUUAUUUUGGAGUUAAUUAAAAAUUUGACCAGAUGGUGGAGUUGAUGGGGGACAAAUCAGUCAGAUACAGCCGUACAUGUCCGUUUUCUAGUGUUCUGUUUACAGUUUGGUGCGUCUUUCACAGUCCUGCUGCAUGUUGGUGUGAAACUGUCCAAUGUGUUUGAAUGUGUGAUUCUGUGACAUUAUGGUCUGAUAUUAAAGCAGCUGUCAGGGGAUUUCCAGAGACGGAGAUGCAAAUACUAGUUCAUGUUUAGGGAAAUGAUCAGGAACAGAGCACAUGGACUUUCUAAAGAACUGUGAUUCCUGGGUAUUCAGUUGAAUUAUGCAUGUGCAUGUGCAGGAUUUAUCUCCAAACUUGUCUGUGCUGUGAUUCUGCAGUCAGACUUUUAAAAUGGCACAUGAAAAAGUUUUACAGUCAGACUUUAUAUAAAACUGCCGUCAGUCAUCUGAUUUCAUUGCACAGAGAUUAAAAAUCAAAAGCAGAAGUUCAGAUUCAGUCCCCUCGACUCUGCAGCAGACAAAUCAUCAAACAUAUGCUUUAAAUGUGAUCUCAGGUUCACUUUUUAGUCAAAUGAAGCUUAACUGAGAGCUCCUUGAGUUUGUAAUUUGGGUUGAAAUUCACUAACAUCAGAUAAAAUCUGUGAGAGUUGUGGUGAUCAGACUUUCAUAACUCAGAUCUGAUAUGACGACGUAUUUUUAACAGAUGUUUCCUGCACACUGAGAGAACAACGAAGGACUCGAAAUCUGCAAGAAACAAUAUUUCUGCAAGCUGGUAAUUUUCUGGGUGUGAUAUUGCCACAUUUAUUUCCCACAAAGUCUGCAGAUCCAUCCUAAUGAUGGGCACAAAAAACAGCAGUGCAGCACUAAUGCUGACAAAAUGAGUAAUGACAUGAUUAUCUAUCUAAUCUGUUGCCCUUCUUUUAAAAUGAGGUCAAUAAUCUUUAGACUUUGACCUCUAAAAGCCGUAAACUUUUAUAAUGCCCCUGAUUAAAUAACGAUCAGAGAAGUAAAAGCUGCCAGAGCCAGAGAAACUCCUCUAGACCAAAGAAAGCAGGUCAGUUUAAUGAGCGCAGUGAUUUCUGCUCCUCAUCCUGUGGUUUUUGGGUUAAUUUGUGCGUAUGAUUUGUCGUCAUUCAGGAAGGACUGUUGCAGCAGGAAGUUUGCAGUAAACCUGCCGUCACUGGGUUAAGAAACUCAGACUCUUCUCUUCACUUGUUCAGAAGGAGAGCUUCGGCAUGGACUCAUUCUAUUCUCAGAGGAAACACAGAUACGUCAGCUGGUGUGUGGAUCCCACAGAGACGCCAAUAUCUACUGCAACAGGUAAGAAAAGUUUUACACUGACAGGACAGGUGUGUAGAGCUUUAAGGGAUUCAGCAGACGUGCAGAAGAAGCAGCUUAUCAUGAUUCACCCGAUGAAACCUCGCUCUUUGACUUGUUCCUCUUAGGCGGUUUCAGGUGCAAAAAUCAGGUCAGUUUGGUCAAUAUAGAGCGCUUAUAGCAAACAAACAGCUUUGAUUCUCUUUUAGGAGCUACAAAAGAAAACCACCAGGCGGCUACACCAGGAUCAUUCCCACGUCUGCUUUUGACACCUCCAGAAACCAGAGGAACAGCCCAUCAACGCUCACAGUCCACUUUAACAAAGAGAACAGCCAACAAGGCCUUCAAUCUCUCCUGCUUCGACUCUGAUAGUCACUCUGAUGAUGACGGAGGAAGAGGACACAAAAAUGGCCUCAAUCUUCAGCAUCAAGAAGACAAGCGCUUCCUUGGCCUCCCCAGGAGCAGCCCGGUUAUCUCCAAAGGACACAGACCUGUUUCCUGGCACGAAGGAGACACCAGCAGACCUGAUUUUCGGAGGUAAACACAAAUACAGUUAUUAACUCGAACGGUUUGAAACUUUCUUAUCAGUGAAAGUUUAUAAUGAUCGGCAAUCAGAGUCCAGUCAGGACCAUGUCAGUCAAAUAUAACUUUUUAAACACAGACAAAAAGUUUAUUUGACUUUAUGGCACCGUCCAAAAGGCUCCCUGACCCUCCAAGGGGGUAUGCAGAAGUGAAAAGCCUGAGGCAAGCAUUUGAUGAUUGGAUAGUAGAAGCUGAGCUGUCAGCUGAUAUGGACUGAGGUUAGGAUCAACUGUGGAUUUACAUGUAAUAAUUCAUCAUGUGUGGGAAACUUUAUCUCCUGCAGCCUGGAUGUUUCGUCAUCUAGAUUCCUGUCUCUGAGUCAGCGUGAGAAUCUGACAGCCACCAGUCUGGAGGAUCUGAGACCUAAAACAAGCCGGACACGAUGCAGUAAGAUCACCAGAUCAGUCAGAAUCAGUGUUGAGGUCACUCUUUAUCUAAGCUGUCUUCCUUAAAUGUGAUUGUUUGGUGAUAAUUCUCUCCUUCAGGGGACAACAGCAGAAAGAAAAGGAGCAGUGGAAUCCCAGAAUACUCAGCAGACAUUUUAAAGACGAGCAGUGAGCUGGAGCAGGUGAGUUAUCUGUUGGUUACUGAAAGCCUCUGUUAUAUGUUGGGGAAAAUUAACUCAAUAAAUUAACUUAAUAUCACAUGUAAUCAUGUUAUAAUUAUGUGGGUAUUUAUCAGUCAGAUGUGCAGUGAUUCAUCAGUUUUAAAAUAAUUCUUCUUUCAGGAAAACGCUCAUUUCAUCGUGGUUGACAUGGUGCUGGAAGUGCUGGAAGGAGUGAAGUGGACUCUAAUGACGGACAAACACAAAAACAAAGACUGUCAGAGCUGCACAGACCAACAUACCAGCUCUGCAGAGGAAGAACCGCCACAGAGAUGCAAAAAUAAAAACGCUGUAGAGGAGAAUCAGGAGGAAAGAGACUCUGAUGAAGACAUGGAGACAUCACACUCUUUCUACACACACGGACACACACAGAGUGAAGAGGAUGAGAAGACAGCAGAGAAAGAUGAAGAUGAUCAUCCAUCAAAGACCCUCUCUAUCCUCUCCACUGACAGUGGGUUUGAAGGUAAAAUUAUUAUUUUUUAUGUUUAUUUAAAUCUUAUUUAUUUUAUUAACAUCAGAAUUAUUAGCAUAUAAUUAUUCUUAAUAAUUAUCUCCUUUUUUAUGAUACUCAUGCCUGUAUAAAUCUACAUUCAUUAAUGUCAAAUACCCAUGGUUUUGCUUUGUUGUCUGAGCAGGUUAAAAAUAAUGAGGAUUUUUCUAUCAUCUUCCUCUCUAUACUACACUGUCUUUAUGCAUGAACUGCUGGUUUUUAUCAGUGAAAUAACUGGGAAAAGGUGUAAAAAAGUCAUGAGGAAUUACCAUAUCAGCACUGGUGAUGUUCAUCCGAGUUAUUAUUGCAUCAAAUUUCACAUUAUUUCUUGAUAUUUUCAGACUGUGGAGUCGACACAGUGCUGACACAGAAGGAGUCACUCGGAAAGUAAGAAGACUACUUUCUUAAAAAUUCUCGAAAAGAAUAUAUAUUUCUUUUAAUGCUCUGACCUCUGACAUGUCCUCUAUUUUUCCCAUGAUGCAGUGCAGAGGGCCUGGCUCAGCAGCUGGUCCUGGAGUUUAGGAGGAGCUGGCUUCCUGCAGACGGACCUCAACGUGGACGGCUGAGUCUCCGGAGCGCCCUGCAGGAGGUCAGAUCACAAACAACUGAUCAACACAGACAUAAGAUGGCUUUAGCUUUCAUUAUUUUUAAUCUAUUUACACAGAGGCAAGCCUGAUUGGCUAAUCCAAUCAUGGACUGUAUACAGGAAGUUUGGAGACACCUUGAUCUCACUUAGUGAGGAUUAAAGGGUUUGCACAUACUGAGUUAUCAGUUUCUACUGACUGCAUCUCAAAAGGUGGUGACUUUGUAUUGUCCUUUUCCCCCAGCCAUGUGGAGUAACCCAGGGUUCGAUUCUUGUGCCCCUUUUGUUUGCUCCUAAACAUCAUGUCUGCACAAAACUAUAAACAUAUGCUACAGUCAAGAUUUGAUGCGGAAAUAUAAAUGAGGUUAAUGAGGCAUAACAACUUUUAUAAAGUGUAUUAUCCUUUGUAAAGGCUUCAAACCUCUUCUUUUAGCCAGCUGCUUAUUGAGAAAGUAUUGGAUACACAAACGGGUGACAUCAAAGUGCUGUUAUUUAUACUUUCAGCUAACUCUCUCCUCUCUAAAGAAAUACAAAGCUUCAGCCGACAGCUGACAGUUUCACUGUUUCAAAUUCACGUGAAGAGGGAGGCUUCAGUCCAUUACUUAAUCAGUUUAUUGUCCAAUAAUUUCGAGUGAGUGACAUACACUUUCACCUCCUCUCAUUUGGACUGCAAUGCACUUCAUGUAGGUAAUAUUGCAGUCUAAGGAAUAACACAGUCCACAAGAAUAUACAUGUGAAAUUGGUUGUUAAGUCCAAAUGUGUACUGACUGUAGGAGUGGAGUGGGAAUGAAGCUGAGUCUGGUGGUUCUUGUUUUUCACUGUCCUGUACUACCCCCCUGAAGGUAGAGGUUCAAAUAGUUGGUGACCAAGGUGAAGAGGGAAGAAUGUCUUUAAGUUUAACUAAACAGUAAGAAACACAUUAUUAAAGGUUGCCAUAGUGACAGCCUAACAGUUCCAGGUAUCCUCUGUGUAAUCUUUCUUCUGCUUCCUGGUCUGCAUGACUCUAAAUGGACCAUAAUUCACUAAAUAAACAUCACGCUGUACUGAAGAAGACUGAGAACAAUCAGACGCCCCCUGCUGGAUAGAGAGCAGAUCUGUGUUUACAUUUUAGACACAAGAGUUAUAUCCAUUUCCAUCUGUGACCUUUGACCUUUCCCCUUUUUUAGUUACCUGGUACAACAGGUGUGUCAGUGAGCAGCAGCAGUAGCCUGAAAGAGGAGAUCAGACAGAGGACCAGGAUGAGAGGAUCUCUGAGCUGGGCUCCACCUCAAGUCGAGCUCAUCCUCAGCGUCCAUCCGAGCCUCAGGUCUGCACCACGCCAUCAGAUCCAAAGAUAGAUAGAAAAGUGGCUGAACAGAUUUGACAGUUUGCUUUUUCUCCUUCAGACGCGGCGUCAUCAUCGCUCAACAGAACUUCCUGUGUGCAGGUUGUGGGACAGAGAUCGAGCACAGUGAGUGUUUCAUGUUACAGAUCUUCUGAUUUGUUGAUGUUAUAAUUGUCUCAGCUGUGAAGCAACAUUACGAUAUUUGAUUGUAUGUUAUGUUCACUGAAUUGUUAGUUUUUUCCUGACAAUGAUAAAACUCAGGUGGACCUUAAAUAAAAAGAUAAUCUCGUAUAAAUUGGUGUAACAACUGGUAAUGCCACUAGAGGGCACUGUCAGGUUCAAUUAGACGCUAAUGGUGGAGGGCUUAAAAUUGAACCAAAGCAAAUAUUUUCAAGAUGAAAAUCUGUUCCCUGCUGUUUUUUUUCUCUUGGUUUUAUUGAUUCCUGAUGUAAUUUUUUUUGGUAGAAAUAAUAAAAUGAGUCAAAAGUUUGAUCUGAUAGAAAGUGUAACUGACUCCUUUUUUCUCUUUGUCUCCAGAGCACAUCAAGAAACUACGUUACUGUGAAUAUCUGGGCAGGUAUGGGAAAAAGCAGUGUAUUAAAGAAAACUGUGAUUGAAUGUAGAAUAUUUCAAAUAUAUUGAUAAGUGUGGGUUCAUGAAUUUUAUUUUCCAGGUAUUUCUGUGACUGCUGCCACAGCGGCUCUGAGGCUGUGAUUCCUGCUCGAGUUCUCACCCACUGGGACUUUAACCGGUAGGUCAAAACACAGAUUUAUCAAAGAAUGGUAACAGCGUUAAUGCUUAAAGGUGUGUCACUAUGUCUGCAGUAUCUGUCGCUGAUAACUUCUUAUUUUGUAGUUUUAAUCUGGAAUAAAAACCUGCAGAUAUAAGAUUACAAAAAUGUGAAACAUAUAUGAUUCUAUUUCAGGUUCUCAGUGAGUGAUUUCUCCAAACAGCUGCUGGACUCGAUUUGGUUUCAGCCUCUGUUCGAUCUGACCUGUGUUGGUAAAACGCUCUACAGCCGAGUGAAGGAGCUGCACAGGUUCAGGGUAAGCCUAAUGAUAAGUUAUUAACCGUUUUAUUAGAUCAGUAAGCACUUAUCUAUGUUCAUGUGGGCAAAACACUGGAGUCUGAGCACAUGUUUAUAAAUGUAUUCAUAUCCUGCUGAAGAAAGCAAGAUCAGUCACAAAUUAUGAGGCAGAAAAAGCAGAAGAGAAACUCAGAGCAGCUGGAGAUUAAUUAGCAGCAAAACACAGCAGGUUUGAUAUAAGGACACUGUGCUAAGAUGUACUGUCACACAAAGGUUUAUAUUUGCAUUACUUAAUAAAUGUGCAGGUAUGUGUGAACAAAAGAACAUUUAAACAUCACUGAAUUCACCUUCAAAUGGUCCAAACUUUGUCUUUGUCCUUUUCUUCUAUUUCCAUUCUUCCUUCCGUCCUUCCUUCCUGUCUUCCUCUCUCCUCAGGAGCUCCAGGAUCAGCUGUUGGGCAUUAAGAAGCUGUUGAGGGCCUGCAGAUUAUCUGCUCAGUAAGUUUUUAUUAACACAGUUUAAAUGGAGUCUUUUAUCUUCAGAGCUUCAGUUUAAAGUUCAAAAUGUUUAUAACCUGGAAAAUCCCUCAGAGAACCAUUUAAUAACAGUUCACUCUUUUAUUAAUAGACUUAAAGUCAGCAAAGUGCCAUCAAAGUGAUUUAAAACCAGCUUAGUGUGGCGCCACCCAGUGGCAUCAUUAAAAAAUACACUGUGGCAGACAGCAAUGAAUGUUUGAGUUUCCAAAUUUCAUCCAGAGUCAUCAGAGAAACUUGUAUUAAUAGAUAUAUUGUAUUUCUGACAUUUGUGUGUGUGCGUGUGUGUUCCUAUUUGUGUGUAUCUCAGGGUGAUGACAGAGUUUGAACAGCUUCCUGCUCACCUGACAGAGCAGCCUCACCUGUUCUCCAUGGAUGACCUCCUGAGGGUGAAGAAGGGUCAGCUGGUCUCUCAGGCCCGAGCGGUUCUGAACACGUGUGUCAGUCAUGUAGAAAACUGUCAGGUAAGAAACACUUCUUACAAAAACACAUGAGGGAGCUUCAAAACAUGUUAUCUAAAAUAUACAUACAAACACCUCCUGGGUUUAAUCUGAUACAGAUUGGUAUCUGAACAACUGAGUUAAAAUAACCUGGUCUGCCCAGAGCUCAGACAAAUACGGUAAAUUUUAGACAUAAAAUUCAGGAUGCUUUGGUUCAAACUUUCUAACUUUAAUAAAAUGUCCAUCUCAUCCUUACACAGCUGUGUCUCGCUCGAGGUUUCAUCUGUGAGUUCUGCAGAGACAGAGACGUCAUCUUUCCUUUUCAGACUGAGAUUUGCAGUCGCUGUCAAGGUAAGAAACGAGCAACAACUUUAUUUAUAAAAAAUUAACUUAAGAAGAAACCAGCUUUGUUGCAUGUUUUGGCUCUUUUCUGGUCUUGUGCAAAAAGCUCAAGAAUGAAAAAUGGACAGCUUCAGAUAAACAGGGAAUGUGAGGAGAGCGAGAGGAAAGGCAUGCAGCAGGAAAUCUGCACAGUGAUGAGGACUGAGGCCUCUACACAUUCACCGUUCUUGUGGAAAAACAGUCUUUUAAAUCAGAUAGUUUAUAGCCCGUCUCCUGCUCUAAUAUUCAUCCUGCCUCAGCGAGUUUUAUACCUGCAAUUAGGGAGGAACUAAACAUAAAAACUGAUAUGCAGCAGUUGGACAUGUGGUAUGAAUGAUGAUGAGCAAAAAUGAUGACCCGUCUUAUCUUUUAUUUUCUGGCAGUGUGCAGGAGCUGUUUUCACAAACACUGUUUCGAGGAGAAGAAGUGUCCAAAGUGUGCUCGAAUCCAGUCCCGGAAAAACAUCCAGAAAUAUCAGUGAGGGGGGCGCUACUGAGCAACCAAUUGAGUAGGACAUGAGUGAAGAUACUCCCACAGAUCCUGAUUGAACUUCAAUUCAACCGUGUUUUAUCUGAAAAUCUCCUCACUGAACAAAUACUGUUGUGUAACUACUGACUGGUCAGUUGAUUCAUGAGGCCGCAGCAAAGUGUGGAGGAGGUCUGCAUUGGUCUGUUUAUUCGUCUGACUAUGGAUCAGCAGCAAAGACACUGUUGGGAAUGCUCAGGCCUUUAUGAAGAUGAAUAUACUGUUGGUAUAUUUUAUUCUGACUUAUCUUUUAAGUGUGAAUGCUUCUUAAAUAUCUCAUAUUUCCUGUGGAAAUAAAACUGGUAAUUAAAGACUAAGACUUCUGUUCUCCAAUGUUGUCUGUUUCUUAAAUUUUUUGCAAAACAAAUGGAUGUGUGUAAAUCGAAUUUUGAUAACAACGAUCAGAGUUAAAGCUCUUGUAGCCUUGCUUUGGAGAUCUAUAGUUCUGAUUCAGGUUUUCAAAUAUGACAUUCAGAGGAUGAAGAUGGGAUCUGCGCUUGGUUGGAGGAUUUCCUGGAACCUCCAUAAGUCUGAAAAAGCAGGACAUGAUGUCAAGAUGCUGCAUGUCAUGAUUUGGUUCUAACAUAAAUAUCUAUUUUUUAGUAGAUCGGUGAUCAUUUUUUUAAAAAUCUGCCUCCUCACCUGUAACUUACACACAAACAAAUCCACAAACAGCAAAGUCCCAAGAGAUGCAAUGUGCCUCUCUGGAUAGUGAAGGAUGUUUUGCUCACUAAACAGCGGCGGGCUGAACCCCUGCAGACAAAAGGUUGUUCACACCUGUACAGAUCAGUGUCAGGUAAUGAGGACAUCCAGACCUCUGAGGUUUUACCAGUCAGAGGUGUGAAGGAACACAAGCUUCAGCAAACACACAGGUCACAGCCAGCGCACAUCAACAUGUGAUGUAAUCAUUGCUGAAAAACAUGCGUCUAUGUUGAUGCCCCAGUGAUACUUGGUGCUCGUUUGGUACUGAUUUGACCAAACUUGCAAGUAAACAGAGACAAAAGUGCACAGCCAGUCAGUUUACAUACUCAGAUCACUGUAAGAGGAUAUAGCCCCUGUCCUCUUGACCACAAUGUCAGUCUCUUUUCAAGACUAAAAGGAAGUAAAACCUAAAGCCAGACAACCAAGGCGAACAUUAAGUUGUUGAUCCAACUGAGCAUUUUUUGAUCUGAAAGCGGUCAAAUAGAUGUCCAACUGUAGCCUAUUCGACUGGUCUAAAAUCAGGCUACCACAGGUCUGAAAGUGAAAGUUUUUUAGACAUCUAAAUUUAGACCAAGUUUAUACUAGCCGUCUAACAGAGGUCUAACAGCCUACUGAGCAUUUUUUGCUCCAUGGCUACCAUGACAAUUUUGGUUAAGUACUUCGAGAUCAGUAAUGCAACUCCCAGUUGCUUUUUGUAAUAAAUAGUUAUGGAAUAAUGGGUUAAAGUGCAACGUUCAAAUUCUGUCUAAAAAUAUACAGAAUCUAGAUGGUUGAAAUUAGAUCUAAAAAAUACUCAUCUAAUAGCCGUCUAUUGCUCAGUGGGAUGGUAUUUUAUAUAUUAAGAAUCAUAAAUUCAAGAGUAGGACACAUCCGUUAAUCUGUUGGUCAUUAAUCACUGAUGUUAACUUUUUUUUCUUAAUUUUUGGGGUAGAUGUGGAUUUGAAAAACUACAAACAGAACCUUUAUCUACAGGUGAGUGGAAGGUUCAGACACCCAAAUACCAAGGAUGGAAAUUCUACAGUUUUGGGGAUUGCUGACAUACUUGUGCAUGACAGUUGUUUUGGGGAGUAUUUUGGGAGUACAUGAGUGGGUGACCCUGAAGUUCAAACCUAUGUGGGGUAAGCCAUCAGAAUUUCUAAGUUGGGAUUGUGUAAGAGUGAAGUUCAUGACUAAUGUGGUGUCACAAAAGGAUUUUGCACAAUUUAGAUGGUAAAAUCAUAUGAACUCUAAAUAAAAGGUCAGGUAUUUGUCAUCAAAAUGAGGCACAUAGAGUAAUUUAUCAACAUUAUUGGGGAAAUAUAUGAAAUAUGAUUUAAAUAUCAAAGUACUCUGAUGAAAAAGAAACAAUAGUCACCUAAUUUUCAGUAGAUGUAACUUGCACACAAACAACAAAGUCCCAUGAUAUGUGAUGAGGCUCUGAACAGUAAAAGUUUUGGAGCCUGUUAGCUAACUAAACGUUGGUGUGCUAAACCCCUACAGACAGGAAGUUUGUUCACACCUGUAUGCAUCAGAGUCAGGUAAUGAUGUCCUUUAGAGCUCGAAGGUUGCGUCAGUCAGAGGUGUGAAGAAACAAGCUUUGGCAAACACACAGGAUGCAGACAACGCACAUCAACAUGUCACGCAAUCAUUGCUAAACGGGGAGUAUCUUUUUUUUUAUCGAGAUGUGAUCAGUAAAUACUUAUGGAGCCAGUCUGAUAUUCUAUUGAUUAGUAGAUAUUAUAACAAAUUAAAUGGCCAUAUGUUCAAGGUCACAUUUCUGCACUUCCUGUUGCAGUUCACAGAUCAACUACUCAUCUGCUUCAGUCUAUUCUCUUCUUACGACUGUAGUUUUCAGAGAAACAGUCCAUGACCUGGGUCCAGAUUGGUCCACACCAAGUCCUUUGUAUCAACUCAACUUAACUUACAAACUCACCUUUGUUAUCAUAAUUUGAACAAAGUGUUUAGUAAAUCCAAAGUCAAGGCCCUUCUUCCUUACAGGCCCAAUGACGGUGCCAUAGACUUCUCUGGGCACCUCACUUCCAAGGAGAUGAUUGUAAUCCCUCUAAGGUCCUGAGAUGAAGGCCAUAACCAUCUGAGUAAUGAUCCAAGGUAAUCCAUUGGGCCCAUGUGUCCUAGAUCUUUUGCCAUCCUGGAUCCAAGAGGACAUAAGCAGUGGUGAAACAGUGCUUCUGGUUGCUUUCAAUGGAAAAAAGAGUGUAUGACCCUUUUGUCCAGUCCCCAAACACCUACCUGGACAACUCUGCCCUCCUCCUGUGUCUCAUAGACCCUGAUAUUUGGCAUCUCAGUGGACUUGGUCAUUUGCCUUCAUAUUUCUCAAGGUGGCACCACUGUACUUGCAUGGGGGACAGAUUUUCCAUAAUGGCAUAUUUAAUCCGCUACUUAAACUUUCCUCGACAAAUGCAAAUGUUGUCCCAUAUGGGGUUUUACUAUAUAGUUGACUAUGUAGUAAACUCAAUCACCGGAGGUUUGGGACACUACAUGGCAAGACGCAAUGUAUGACGGGAUGCCCACCACCAGUGAGUGACCUUAGGAUGGUCACUACAUUUUGCGAUGCUUUAUGGGAAAUUUUGAGUCACCUAUAUAGGGCACUUGAACUGAUCACUGAGGUUUCGGACACCCGUCAAUAUGGCACUUACCCCCAUGUAGUCAUCUAUAUAGGGGUUAGGGAUCCAUUACGGACACAGCCAUUGUGGCGAGCUUAAGGCACACCUGUGCAACAAUCAUGCUGUCUGAUCAGCAUCUUGGUAUGACACACCUGUGAGGUGGAUGUGUUACCUCGAAAAAGGAGAAGUGCUCUCUAACACAGACUUAGAAUUUGUGAAUGAUAUUUGAAAGAAAAAGGCCUUCUUUGUACAUAGAAAAAGUAUUAGAUCUUUGAGUUCAGCUCAUGAGCAAACACAAAAGUGUUGCAUUCAUAUUGUUGUUCAUUGUAAGAUCACUCCCACUGAGCCCUGACAAACCACAAAAAAAGAGUACAUGAUGAAACCAUGGUGGGAAAGGGGGUGUAGUGAUACAGAUGUUGGUGUGUUGUUCAGAGCAAAAGAGGAGAGACGGAAGAGGGGCGAAUAAACGUAUACAUAAAGCUGCUGAAGCUGCAGAGGUCUGCAGGAGAUGGAGGUUGGGGACCGAGUGGAGCUCUGUUUUCCACACCUUCCCAACAUCUCAUGCACUACGCCCUCAACUUCUACUUCUGGAUCGUUUAUCAUUUAUGUUUUGCUGUCGUGCAUCUCUGUGCUCACUGUGGCUCUAAACUUGCUUGUCAUCAUCUCAGUCUCUCAUUUCAGGCACAGACUAACCUCUUAACCAUUUCUUAAUGUCAUGAGAGUUUACACAAAGUCAUUUCAUUUCAUACUCAAACAUAUGUACCAUGUAUGUACUUGUGUAUACUAAUUUUCUGUCUCUGUAGAUCUCACAGUGAUAAUCUGCAUCAGUUUUUUAAAAUUUGUUUGUUUGUUUUUUGAUGAGACUUUCUUUUCCUCUCCAGGCAGCUCCACACUCCCACCAACAUCCUCCUGCUCUCUCUGGCUAUCUCAGACUUUCUCGUGGGCCUCCUAAUAAUGCCACUUGAAAUCUUGAGACUAACAACUUGCUGGACUUUUGGUGACUUCAUAUGUUCUGUGAGCAAUUAUUGGCAAUUAGUCAUUACUUCUACUUCAAUAGGAGACAUGGUUCUUAUAUGUGUGGACCGUUAUGUUGCUAUCUGUGACCCUCUACAUUACAGCAGCAGGGUCACGGCGAGAAGAGUCAGGCUUUGUGUUUGUCUGUGCUGGCUCUGCUCGGUUUUGUACACCGGUCUGAUUUUAAAGGAUGAUCUUAUUCAACCAGGCAGGCACAAUUCCUGCUUUGGUGAAUGUUUGCUUUUUUUGGAUGUAAUCAAAGGAACUAUUGAUCUUGUUUUAUCCUUUAUUGCCCCCAUAACUACCAUCUUUGUUCUGUAUAUGCAAGUGUUUGUGGUGGCUGUGUCUCAGGCUCGAGCCAUGCGCUCUCAUGUUACAGGUGUAAGAGUCCAGCUCUCAGUGGGUGUCACUGUAAAGAAAUCUGAGCUAAAAGCAGCCAGGACUCUCGGUGUUCUUGUUGUUGUGUUUCUGAUAUGUUUCUGUCCAUAUUACUGUUUGUCUCUGACCACUGACUCCCUGCCUCAAACAUAUUUUUGGUCCUUUUUUAUCUUUCUCUUCUAUUUUAACUCCUGCCUGAACCCUGUGAUUUAUGCCUUGUUUUAUUCCUGGUUUAGAAAAGCACUUAAACUCAUUGUGACUCUUCAGAUCCUGCAGCCAGGCUCCUGUGAGGCAAACAUGAUGUAAAUAAGACGUGGAGUGACUGCAUCUUGAAUUCAAAGCAAACCUCCGCGAGCAAAACUCACUUCAAACUAUGGAAACCAAAUCAUGUUUUUCUUCAUGGAUUUUGAAGAAUGAAUGAAUUAGUGUACAUAGUCUAUGGGUUUCUAUUGCAUUAUAAACUUCUGUGUGUGGCUUUGCUUAUAUAUGUAGUUCACAUCAGUUUCAGUUCUGUUACCUGCUGAUGUGGCUUUAUGUCACAGAAAUGUUAUAAAAAUUAAAAUGAUCAGAUAUCAGUAGCUGUUUUGAUAUAAUAACAUAUAUCUUUCUUCCUGAAAAUCUCUCUCCCUGCAGAGAUUAAAGGAGGUUAAUCAAAGUGUAAUACCAGUCAACAAUCAUUUUUCACUUUGUAAACUGAGCCUGUUCUCAUCAUUGGGUCGAGCUUAUACCAAACAACAUCUUGUUUUCUGUUUCAUCACUCCUGACCACCUCUGCUCCCUCUCUCUCUCUCUCUUUUUCUCUCUUGCUUUUUGUUAACUGUAGAUCUGCUUUUUGUAAGUAUAUACAAUAGACAAUAAAAAAAAGAGUGAUUUCUUCUGAAAUCACAGGCUUCAAAGGGUAAUCAAAAAGGCGAACCUGAUUCAAAAAUGUUUAAAUCUUGUUUGGAAAAGAUGCUGAACAUCUUGUAAAAAUAAUAAAGAUAUUUUAUUCAAUGAAUCAUCGAGACUUAAACUAUAAGUGUUUUUUAUUGAUCAAAUGACCUUGAAAAUUUUUUGGGGUUGAUUUAAGGCCUUGUAAAUGUAAACUUCACGUUAAAAUCAGCUCUUGCCAUUACAUGCUUCAAGAAAAAAAGGGAAAAAAUUGAAGUUUCACGACUCCAUGUAGGGCUGGGCAAUAUGGCCUCAAAUCAAGAUCACGAUAUAUUGAGCAGAUCACCUCAUGGUGAUGAUUGGACGAUAACUACUCCACAAACUGCUCACCCUCUCCCACAUUAACUUUGUCUACUUCAGCCACCGCUCCAGCUGCUACAACUUUUGAACCGUCCUCCAUCUCCUCACCUGUCUUUCCCUCUUUGCUACGGACUAGAUGGGGUGGAGUCACGUCUCUGACAUAGGACAGUGCCUUAAAGGGACAUGAGACCAUAGCCUACCUACACACAUCCAAAAACAACUUUUAUUUACUUAUUUUUGACACUUAAUAUAUUGACAUGGGCAAAAGGACGUUGGUUAUUGUUGUAAAUUUCUGUGUCAGUAAAUUUUCGGUUCAUCGCCCAGCCCUAACUCCAGGUUUCCUUAGAUUUCACCAUACUGAACACUGUUGAGGUUUCUACAGCAAGGGCUGACGUGCUUCUGUCAAUAACUUGAUUUUUGCCAGGUGAAUAUAAACCAGGACAAGAAGUCCAGUUUAAUCACUUAAUCUAGCUGUAACUGUGCUUUCCAAGCUCUUUAGAUAGUAGCAUGCCACCUUUGCACCAGAAACACUUUGCACUAGGUGCACGAUCAGGCCCUUUGUCUUACCUUCACAUUUUUGUUUAUGAGGCGGUACUUUGUGUUUGUUACUUUUAGUCAUUUAAAUUCCCUUAAGAUUUAGUUUCUUAAUCUUGUAUGUUAAAUAUAUCAAACAUUUUUGACUACAGAUACUUCUUUUUUAAGGGUUCUUUAGAGUGAGAAGGAGAAAAGUCACUUUUUACUUUUUGGUCUCCUCCAAACAUCAAGUUCACGGCUGUCAUUAGUUUUGAUGAUUGCUUUGUUGAAUGAAUUUUGUUUAGUCUCAAAAGGAUAUUUUAGUAUUUCUGAAGUGGGGUUGAAGCUAGGCAACAGUUUUCUUCAGACUGGUCAACUCUACUGUAAUACAAUCACUCCUACUGGGCCUAAUAAACAUAAAACAAAUUAAAAAAGACAGAGUACACAAUGAAACCAUGGUGGGAAAGGGGGUGUCAGGAAGUGAUACAGAUGUUGGUGUGUUGUCCAGAGCAAAAGAGGAGGGACGUAAGAGGGGUGAAUAAACUUAUACAUAAAGCUGCUGAAGCUGCAGAGGUCUGCAGGAGAUGGAGGUUGGGGACCGAGUGGAGCUCUGUUUUCCACACCUUCCCAACAUCUCAUGCAUGACGCCCUCACAUUCUACUUCUGGAUCGUUUAUCAUUUAUGUUUUGCUGUCGUGCAUCUCUGUGCUCACUGCGGCUCUAAACUUGCUUGUCAUCAUCUCAGUCUCUCAUUUCAGGCACAGACUAACCUCUAAACCAUUUCUUAAUGUCAUGAGAGUUUACACAAAGUCAUUUCAUUUCAAACUCAAACAUAUGUACCAUGUAUGUACUUGUGUAUACUAAUUUUCUGUCUCUGUAGAUCUCACAGUGAUAAUCUGCAUCAGUUUUUUAAAAUUUGUUUGUUUGUUUUUUGAUGAGACUUUCUUUUCCUCUCCAGGCAGCUCCACACUCCCACCAACAUCCUCCUGCUCUCUCUGGCUAUCUCAGACUUUCUCGUGGGCCUCCUAAUGAUGCCACUUGAAAUCUUGAGACUAACAACUUGCUGGACUUUUGGUGACUUCAUAUGUUCUGUGAGCAAUUAUUGGCAAUUAGUCAUUACUUCUGCUUCAAUAGGAGACAUGGUUCUUAUAUCUGUGGACCGUUAUGUUGCUAUCUGUGACCCUCUACAUUACAGCAGCAGGGUCACGGCGAGAAGAGUCAGGCUUUGUGUUUGUCUGUGCUGGCUCUGCUCGGUUUUGUACACCGGUCUGAUUUUAAAGGAUGAUCUUAUUCAACCAGGCAGGCACAAUUCCUGCUUUGGUGAAUGUUUGCUUUUUUUGGAUGUAAUCAAAGGAACUAUUGAUCUUGUUUUAUCCUUUAUUGCCCCCAUAACUACCAUCUUUGUUCUGUAUAUGCGAGUGUUUGUGGUGGCUGUGUCUCAGGCUCGAGCCAUGCGCUCUCAUGUUACAGGUGUAAGAGUCCAGCUCUCAGUGGGUGUCACUGUAAAGAAAUCUGAGCUAAAAGCAGCCAGGACUCUCGGGGUUCUUGUUGUUGUGUUUCUGAUAUGUUUCUGUCCAUAUUACUGUUUGUCUCUGACCACUGACUCCCUGCCUCACACAUAUUUUUUGUCCAUUUUUAUCUUUCUCUUCUAUUUUAACUCCUGUCUGAACCCUGUGAUUUAUGCCUUGUUUUAUUCCUGGUUUAGAAAAGCACUUAAACUCAUUGUGACUCUUCAGAUCCUGCAGCCAGGCUCCUGUGAGGCAAACAUGAUGUAAAUAAGACGUGGAGUGACUGCAUCUUGAAUUCAAAGCAAACCUCCGCAAGCAAAACUCACUUCAAACUAUGGAAACCAAAUCAUGUUUUUCUUCAUGGAUUUUGAAGAAUGAAUGAAUUAGUGUACAUAGUCUAUGGGUUUCUAUUGCAUUAUAAACUUCUGUGUGUGGCUUUGCUUAUAUAUGUAGUUCACAUCAGUUUCAGUUCUGUUCCCUGCUGAUGUGGCUUUAUAUCACAAAAAUGUCAUAAAAAUUAAAAUGAUCAGAUAUCAGUAGCUGUUUUGAUAUAAUAACAUAUAUCUUUCUUCCUGAAAAUCUCUCUCCCUGCAGAGAUUAAAGGAGGUUAAUCAAAGUGUAAUACCAGUCAACAAUCACUUCUCACUUUGUAACCUGAGCCUGUUCUCAUCAUUGGGUCGAGCUUAAUAAAAAAAGAGUGAUUUCUUCUGAAAUCACAGGCUUUAAAGGGUAAUCAAAAAGGCGAACCUGAUUCAAAAAUGUUUAAAUCUUGUUUGGAAAAGAUGCUGAACAUCUUGUAAAAAUAAUAAAGAUAUUUUAUUCAAUGAAUCAUCGAGACUCAAACUAUAAGUGUUUUUUAUUGAUCAAAUGACCUUGAAAAUUUUUUGGGGUUGAUUUAAGGCCUUGUAAAUGUAAACUUCACAGAAAAAAAGGGAAAAAAUUGAAGUUUCACGACUCCAGGUAGGGCUGGGCAAUAUGGCCUCAAAUCAAGAUAACGAUAUAUUGAGCGGUUCACCUCAAUAACGAUAAAUUGACGAUAACUACUCCACAAGCCACUCACCCCUUCCCACAUUAACUUUGUCUACUUCAGCCACCGCUCCAGCUGCUACAACUUUUGAACCGUCCUCCAUCUCCUCACCUGUCUUUCCCUCUUUGUUACGGACUAGAUGGGGUGGAGUCAAGACGUAGGACAGUACCUUAAAAGGGACAUGAGACCAAAGCCUACCUACACACAUCCAAAACCAACUUUUAUUUAUUUAUUUUUGACACUCAAUAUAUUGACAUGGGCAAAAGGACGUUGGUUAUUGUCGUAAAUUUCUGUAUCAGUAAAUUUUCGGUUCAUCGCCCAGCCCUAACUCCAGGUUUCCUUAGAUUUCACCAUACUGAACACUGUUGAGGUUUCUACAGCAAGGGCUGACGUGCUUCUGUCAAUAACUUGAUUUUCACCAGGUUAAUGUAAACCAGGACAAGAAGUCCAGUUUAAUCACUUAAUCUAGCUGUAACUGUGCUUUCCAAGCUCUUUAGAUAGUAGCAUGCCACCUUUGCACCAGAAACACUUUGCACUAGGUGCACGAUCAGGCCCUUUGUCUUACCUUCACAUUUUUGUUUAUGAGGCGGUACUUUGUGUUUGUUACUUUUAGUCAUUUAAAUUCCCUUAAGAUUUAGUUUCUUAAUCUUGUAUGUUAAAUAUAUCAAACAUUUUUGACUACAGAUACUUCUUUUUUAAGGGUUCUUUAGAGUGAGAAGGAGAAAAGUCACUUUUUACUUUUUUGGUUUCCUCCAAACAUCAAGUUCACGGCUGUCAUUAGUUUUGAUGAUUGCUUUGUUGAAUGAAUUUUGUUUAGUCUCAAAAGGAUAUUUUAGUAUUUCUGAAGUGGGGUUGAAGCUAGGCAACAGUUUUCUUCAGACUGGUCAGCUCUACUGUAAUACAAUCACUCCUACUGGGCCUAAUAAACAUAAAACAAAUUAAAAAAGACAGAGUACACAAUGAAACCAUGGUGGGAAAGGGGGUGUCAGGAAGUGAUACAGAUGUUGGUGUGUUGUCCAGAGCAAAAGAGGAGGGACGUAAGAGGGGUGAAUAAACUUAUACAUAAAGCUGCUGAAGCUGCAGAGGUCUGCAGGAGAUGGAGGUUGGGGACCGAGUGGAGCUCUGUUUUCCACACCUUCCCAACAUCUCAUGCAUGACGCCCUCACAUUCUACUUCUGGAUCGUUUAUCAUUUAUGUUUUGCUGUCGUGCAUCUCUGUGCUCACUGUGGCUCUAAACUUGCUUGUCAUCAUCUCAGUCUCUCAUUUCAGGCACAGACUAACCUCUAAACCAUUUCUUAAUGUCAUGAGAGUUUACACAGAGUCAUUUCAUUUCAUACUCAAACAUUUAUUCUGUAGAGUGUAUGCUGAUAACUGGAGGUCAUUCUGUGUUUUAACUUGUGUAAACUAAUUUUUGGUCUCUGUAGAUCUCACAGUGAUAAUCUGCAUCAGUUUUUUUAAACUUGUUUGUUUUUUUGAUGAGACUUUCUUUUCCUCUCCAGGCAGCUCCACACUCCCACCAACAUCCUCCUGCUCUCUCUGGCUAUCUCAGACUUUCUCGUGGGCCUCCUAAUGAUGCCAAUAGAAAUCUUGAGACUAACAACUUGCUGGACUUAUGGUGACUGGAUGUGUUCUUGGAGCAUCUAUAUCAUGAUGCUCAUUACGUCUACUUCAAUAGGAGACAUGGUUCUUAUAUCUGUGGACCGUUAUGUUGCUAUCUGUGACCCUCUACAUUACAGCAGCAGGGUCACGGUGAGAAGAGUCAGGCUUUGUGUUUGUCUGUGCUGGCUCUGCUCGGUUUUGUACAAUGGUCUGAUUUUAAAGGAUGAUCUUAUUCAACCAGGCAGGCACAAUUCCUGCUUUGGUGAAUGUUUGCUUUUUUUGGAUGUAAUCAAAGGAACUAUUGAUCUUGUUUUAUCCUUUAUUGCCCCCAUAACUACCAUCUUUGUUCUGUAUAUGCAAGUGUUUGUGGUGGCUGUGUCUCAGGCUCGAGCCAUGCGCUCUCAUGUUACAGGUGUAAGAGUCCAGCUUUCAGUGGGUGUCACUGCAAAGAAAUCUGAGCUAAAAGCAGCCAGGACUCUCGGUGUUCUUGUUGUUGUGUUUCUGAUAUGUUUCUGUCCAUAUUACUGUUUGUCUCUGACCACUGACUUCCUGCCUCAAACAUACAUUUUGUCCAUUUUUAUCUUUCUCUUCUAUUUUAACUCCUGUCUGAACCCUGUGAUUUAUGCCUUGUUUUAUUCCUGGUUUAGAAAAGCACUUAAACUCAUUGUGACUCUUCAGAUCCUGCAGCCAGGCUCCUGUGAGGCAAACAUGAUGUAA